AUGUAUUUUCUUAACCGACUACACCUAGGAUUUCUGGUGAACAAAAAACUAUCAGCCAUCUACUCGCUACUCUCAUCACUGGCCACAAUGACUGUACGCACCGCCGUAUCACCGCCACUUCCUUCUUCCAAUGUACAUACAAGCACCAAGGCGAACUUAAUAAAACCAAAAACUUACAUUUCGGAAAGCAACAACCUAAAUAUUACUUACCUUCAAAAACUUUUAUCGUUUCCGCAAACAUCUCCUAUACUAUCACUACCCGACGAAAUUCUCACCGAAAUCUGCGAGAAGCUUCCACCUGAAGAUUUAUAUGCCCUCUCUACCGUAUGUAGAUCUCUUCGAAGCUUCCUGUGGUCAUCAAGUUCAACGGUGACGCAGCAGAUAUGGAGGAAUUCGAGGAAGACGUUCUAUCCACAGUAUAAGUCACCACCAUUGAAAGAUAUGUCGGAGCAACAAUAUAUUUUCUUGGUGGUGUUGGCAAAAAAAUGUCAAUUCUGCGAGGAGAUGGAUAAGAAAAAGUUAAAGAAAUAUUGGGAAUUCCAAGUUUACUCGUGUGAGAAAUGCUUGGACAGGAGAAUUGCCAGUCAUAAGGCGCUUCUAAAAAACAAUAUGAUUCACGAGGAUGUCCUUUCCACAUGUCUGAGUCUGGGUGAUCAAGGAUAUUUCAUGUCGCACGUACAAAUGGCACAGAUAGAUUACUUGCAAUGUCAAGAUAAAUUCUCUUGGAUGAGUUUCAUGCUGAAUCCAUAUUGGCAUAUGCGUAAAUCUGGGUUUCAGAUAGAUGAGGAGAGGGAGAAAG